UACUGAGUCUUGAGGUCUGACCUCCACUUCCAUUAAAUCUCAUGCACACAUGCAUAUACUAGCUAGUAGGAGCAGCUCCCAAGUCUGUGAGGGUCAGUGUCCUCCAUUGUUCACUCAAGCUAAGUGAACAAGCCAGUAGGGACAAGAUGAAAAAGGGCAGGAGGAACGACAAGGGUAAGAAGCUUGCGGGCAAGGCCGCAGCAAGGGCUCUCGUCUGGCUUCUGCUUCCUCUCCUCGUCUUCGUCGUGCUCAACUCCGAUCACAUGCCGCAGCUUCCUCUUCAAGCAACAACUCUUUAUUUGGUCGCCCAUUCACCACCACCUUCUCCCGCAUCAAGCGAGCAGACACCCGGCGUGGCCGUCGAUACACCACCUUCCGCCGCAUCACGCCAUGAAAUGCCCGGCAAAGCUGUCGGUGCACCACCUUCUCCCGCAUCAAGCGAGCAGACACCCAGCAUGGCCGUCGAUACACUACCUUCCACCGCAUCACGCCAUGAAACCCCCGGCAAAGCCGUCGGCGCACCACCUUCUCCCACAACAAGCGACCAGACACCCGGCGUGGCCGUCGAUGCACCACCUUCCGCCGCAUCACGCGACGAGACGCCCGGCGACACCAUCAGUGCAAACAAAAGUCAAGGCGACGUCGCCCGUCGACGAGAUGUGGCAGCACCAAGAAGCAAGUCAAUCUGUGACUUCAGCAGUGAACGAAUGGACAUCUGUGCCAUGCAAGGCGACGUCCGUAUGCACGGCAAAUCCGCCACCGUGUACGUGGUCUCAGCAUCCGACGACAGCUACCGGCCAGAGAAUGGUACGGUGAAGAUCCGCCCAUACCCGCGCAAGUCGGAGGAAGGAACGAUGCAGACUAUCCGGGAGGUGACCAUCCGCUGGAGCGGGCUGGAUGCGCCACGGUGCACGGUGACGCACGACGUCCCCGCGGUGCUCUUCUCCACCGGCGCCUACCUCAACAACUUUUUCCACGCUAUGACCGACGGCAUCAUCCCUCUCUUCAACACCGUGAGGGAAUACGAUGGCCGCGUCCAGCUUGUGGUCACCGACUACAACGGCAAGUGGGUUGACAAGUUCCAACGCAUCCUCGCCGUGCUCUCCAAGUACCCGGUCAUCAACUUCGACGCCGACGACAAGGUGCGUUGCUUCCCGUCGGUGCACGUCGGCACCGAAGGCCAUAAGGAGAUGGGGAUCAUUCCUGCUCUCUCCCGCAAGGGCUACACAAUGACGGACUUCCGGAACUUCCUCCGGUCGGUCUACUCGCUGAAACGUGAGUGGUCGACUCCCGUAAACCGGACCUCCGGCGACAGGCCUCGCCUCCUCAUGAUUCUGCGCCGCAACUCGAGGGCGUUCGCAAAUGAGGCGGAGGCCGUCGCAGCUGCCACAGAGGUCGGCUUCGAGGUGGUGUCGGCGGAGCCGCAGAUCGUGAGCGACAUGGCCCGGUUCGCAGAGGUCGUGAACUCGUGCGAUGUGAUGGUGGGCGUGCAUGGCGCGGGGCUCACCAACCUGUUGUUCCUCCCACGCAACGCCACAUUGGUGCAGGUCGUCCCGUGGGGCGACAUGAGCUGGGGGUCCAAUGCUGCCUUUGGUGCACCGUCAGCUGACAUGGGGCUCCGGUACGUCCAGUACGAGACGACCCCCGAGGAGACGACGCUCAAGUACAAAUACCCGAGGGACCAUGCCGUCUUCACCGACGUUGCCUCCAUAAACAGGCAGGGGUACGGCAUGACGUGGGAGCUCUUCCUCAACGGCCAGAACAUCACCCUCGACAUCGACCGCUACAGAGGGGUGCUACAGAAAAUCUUCCAUGAUAGUAUAAUGGUUGAUCCUUCAUUUAAUUCUGAUCCGGUCGUCGAAGCACCACCUUCUCCGGCAUCAAGCGGCGAGACACCCGGGGACGUCCUCGAUCGGAACAGAGAUCUCCAAAACGAAAAGGGGUUGCUGGCCAUGAACGCGGGAGUAGAUGCUUCUUUGAUAAAAUCAGAUGUGGCAGCACCAAGAAGCAAGUCAAUCUGUGACUUCAGCAGUGAACGCAUGGACAUAUGUGCCAUGCAAGGCGACGUCCGUAUGCACGGCAAAUCCGCCAGCGUGUACGUGGUCUCAGCGUCUGACGACAGCUACCGGCCAGAGAACGGGACAGUCAAGAUCCGCCCGUAUCCGCGCAAGUCGGAGGAAGGAACAAUGCACGCUAUUCGGGAGGUGACCAUCCGCUGGAGCGGGCUCGAUGCGCCACGUUGCACAGUGACGCACGACGUCCCCGCGGUGGUCUUCUCCACCGGCGCCUACCUGAACAACUUUUUCCAUGCGAUGACCGACGGCAUCAUCCCUCUCUUCAACACCGUGAGGGAGUAUGAUGGCCGCGUCCAGCUUGUGAUCACUGACUACAACCGCAAGUGGGUCGACAAGUUCCAACGCAUUCUCGCCGCGCUCUCCAUAUACCCGGUCAUCGACUUUGACGCCGACGACAAGGUGCGUUGCUUCCCGUCGGUGCACGUCGGCACCGAAGGCCAUAAGGAGAUGGGCAUCAUCCCUGCUCUCUCCCGCAAGGGCUACACAAUGACGGACUUCCGGAACUUUCUCCGGUCGAUCUACUCGCUGAAGCGUGAGUGGUCGACCCCCGUAAACCGGACCUCCGGCGACAGGCCUCGCCUCCUCAUGAUUCUGCGCCGCAACUCGAGGGCGUUCGUGAAUGAGGCGGAGGCCGUCACAACAGCCACAGAGGUCGGCUUCGAGGUGGUGUCAGCGGAGCCACAGGUCGUGAGCGACAUGGCCCGGUUCGCAGAGGUCGUGAACUCGUGCGACGUGAUGGUGGGCGUGCAUGGCGCGGGGCUCACCAACCUAUUGUUCCUCCCACGCAACGCCACAUUGGUGCAGGUCGUCCCGUGGGGCGACAUGAGCUGGGGGUCCAAUGCUGCAUUUGGUGCACCGUCGGCUGACAUGGGGCUCCGGUACGUCCAGUACGAGACGACCCCCGAGGAGACGACGCUCAAGUACAAAUACCCGAGGGACCAUGCCGUCUUCACCGACGUCGCCUCCAUAAAUAGGCAGGGGUACGGUAUGACGUGGGAGCUCUUCCUCAACGGCCAGAACAUCACCCUCGACAUCGACCGCUACAGAGGGGUGUUGCAGAAAAUCUACCUUGAUAGUAUAAUGGUCGAUCCUUCGUUUAAUUCUGACCCGGUCGUCGAAGCACCACCUUCUCCGGCAUCAAGCGGCGAGACACCCGGGGACGUCCUCGAUCAGAACAGAGAUCUCCAAAACGAGAAGGGGCUGCAAGCCAUGAAUGCAGGAGUAGUAGAUGCUUCUUUGAUAAAAUCAGAUGUGGCAGUACCAAGAAGCAAGUCAAUUUGCGACUUCAGCAGUGAACGAAUGGACAUCUGUGCCAUGCAAGGCGACGUUCGUAUGCACGGCAAACCAGCCACCGUGUACGUGGUCUCAGCGUCUGAUGACAGCUACCGGCCAGAGAAUGGGACGGCAAAGAUCCGACCGUACCCACGCAAGUCGGAGGAAGGAACUAUGCAGACUAUACAGGCGGUCACCAUCCGCUGGAGCGGCCUGGAUGCGCCACGGUGCACGGUGACGCACGACGUCCCUGCGGUGGUCUUCUCCACCGGCGCCUACCUCAACAACUUUUUCCACGCGAUGACUGACGGCAUCAUCCCUCUCUUCAACACCGUGAGGGAGUAUGAUGGCCGCGUCCAGCUUGUGAUCACUGACUACAACCGCAAGUGGGUCGACAAGUUCCAACGCAUUCUCGCCGCGCUCUCCAUGUACCCGGUCAUCGACUUUGACGCCGACGACAAGGUGCGUUGCUUCCCGUCAGUGCACGUCGGCACCGAAGGCCAUAAGGAGAUGGGGAUCAUCCCUGCUCUCUCCCGCAAGGGCUACACGAUGACGGACUUCCGAAACUUUCUCCGGUCGGUCUACUCGCUGAAGCGUGAGUGGUCGACCCCUGUAAAUCGGACCUCCGGCGACAGGCCUCGCCUCCUGAUGGUGCUGCGCCGCAACUCGAGGGCGUUCGCGAAUGAGGCGGAGGCUGUCGCAGCUGCCACACAAGUUGGCUUUGAGGUGGUGUUGGGGGCCCCAGAGGCCGUGAGCGACAUGGCCCGGUUCGCAGAGGUCGUGAACUCAUGUGACGUGAUGGUGGGCGUGCAUGGCGCGGGGCUCACCAACCUGGUGUUCCUCCCGCGGAACGCCACAUUGGUGCAGGUCGUCCCGUGGGGAGACAUGAGUUGGGGGUCCAAUGCUGCCUUUGGUGCACCGUCGGCUGACAUGGGGCUUCGGUAUGUCCAGUACGAGACGACCCCCGAGGAGACGACGCUCAAGUACAAAUACCCGAGGGACCAUGCCGUGUUCACCGACGUCGCCUCCAUAAACAGGCAGGGGUACGGCAUGACGUGGGAGCUCUUCCUCAAUGGCCAGAACAUCACGCUCGACAUCGACCGGUACAGAGGGGUGUUACAGCAAAUCUACCUUGAUAGUAUAGUGGUUGAUCCUUCAUUAAACUAGAUGACCCGUUGCACCUUGAUGGAAAGGCCUAAUGCAGCCAAGAAGCGACACGAUCUAUAUGAAACACAUUUCAUGAA